GUCUGUAGAUAGUCUUCGUCACGCCCACGCACAAUUUCCAUAUAUGAGGGCAAGCAAGAGUCAAAAGAUAAAAAGAAGAAAUUAUUGGCACAAUCAAUUACAACUACCACUUUAUUUGCAGCCCUCGGCUAUCGUGCGCCUGUCCCUGCGGCUUCUGGAACGUUUUCUCACUAGGUUGCUUCUUUAGUUGGUUUCGACAGUUGCCGACGAUCAUGGAUGGAGACGGAGCGCAGUCGCUGCCGAUGCCGCCGCCGGCGGCGGAGGAGCAGUACGUCAAGGCCAAGAUUUCGGUGUGGUGGGACAUCGAGAACUGUCACGUGCCCAAGAGUUGCGAUCCGCACACCAUCGCGCAGAACAUAAGUUCGGCGCUCGUGAAGAUGAAUUACUGUGGGCCCGUCUCUGUCUCAGCCUACGGCGACACCACCAGGAUCUCGUCCUCCGUCCAGCACGCGCUGAACAGCACCGGCGUCGCGCUUAAUCAUGUCCCCGCCGGUGUGAAGGAUGCAAGUGACAAGAAGAUUCUGGUUGACAUGUUAUUUUGGGCUGUUGACAAUCCUGCGCCCGCCAAUUAUCUACUGAUAUCUGGUGAUAGAGACUUCUCAAAUGCUCUCCACCAACUUAGAAUGCGUCGUUAUAACAUUCUUUUGGCCCAACCUCAAAAGGCAUCUGCAGCAUUAGUUGCUGCUGCUAAGAGUGUAUGGCUUUGGACGAGUCUAUCUGCUGGAGGGCCACCACUUACAAAUGCUGAAUCUGCCCAAUUUGUAACUAACAGCAAUGGACAGUUACCUGUCAGUGACUCAUUACACACUGAAGCCAUCAGUGGAAACCAACCUCUGAAUUCAUUUCAUGGCAGUCUAAAUUUGGGAAAUCAGAAACUUUCGAAUGCGGGAAGAGAAAGUGAUCCAAAAUACAAAGGAAAACAAACUUGGCGAAACAGCACACAACCCGGUAUGCAAAGAAACCCAAGUAACACAAUGAAGCCUGAAGAAAAUUAUAACAAUUCCAAAUUCCAAACGGCAUAUGGGCACCCUAAGCCGUUCAAUCUUCCUCAGGACUCGUCUGGUGCUUAUAGAGCUCCUAAUACUGGAUCAGGGCCCUCUUAUUCUACUGGUCCUGAUUCUUGGGUAAACGGUAAUUACCAUCAUGGAACUUAUCAAAAUCAAUAUCAUCAACAAUUCAGGGCAAAUGUGCCCCCUGUUGAAAACUGUUCACCUGAUGUUAGCAAUUUACAUAUUUCCGAGCCGCCAAACAAUUCACAACAAACAAAUGGAGGAGAGAAAAGGCCAGCUUUAGUUGAGCCUGCAAACCGCCCAAGUUUAAAGAGUCCGCAAAAAGGGUAUAUUACACAGAAAAGAUCUUCUUACCAAGAACCACAGAUCACUAGACGUUCUCAUGCUAAUCAAGAGGUUCGACCUCCACCUCUCUCUUCAGCAUCAGGAACUGCUGUUAUCUCUGUUAAUGGUGUUUGGGGAACAUCCGGACACCCUAAACCUUCUGAUUAUGUGCAAGGUCUUAUUGGGAUUAUUAUACUUGCUUUAAACACCCUUAAGAAUGAGAAGAUUAUGCCUACCGAGGAAAAUAUCACAGACUGCAUCAGAUAUGGAAAUAUCAAACAUCGCAAUACUGAUGUCAAGAAAGCUUUGGCAUCUGCCCUUGAGCAGCAGUUGGUAAUACAGCACCAACUAGGUAACCUGCAGUUGUAUGUGGGAAAAAAUGAAAAAGUUUGGCAAUGCGUGAACCCUAUGGCUGGAGAUGCAGUCAAGUACCCAAAGGCUACGUGGGAUGAAAUCCAAAAUUUCCUUUCGUCCCAUGCUGGAAGAUCGGCAAUACAGGAUACGCAAUGCAGGUACGAGGCUGCAACAGUUAUGAAAAAGAUGUGCUUGAAAGAGCUUUCGUUGGGUGAGAUACUCCAACUCUUGCAGAUGGUAAUUAACAUGAAAAAGUGGAUUGCUUAUAAUCAUCAGUCAGGAUGGAAACCAAUUAAGGUCACGCUUGCAGAGGUGCCGACAGAACUUGGCAGGUUAGAAUUCUGUUCAAGUAUAGAAUGGUUAAAACGAAUCCCUCUCCCCUUGGGUUUACUGGCUGCAGACUGUGCAGCCAGGAAUGACUAUUCUUCAAACAUUUUGGAGAGGAAAAAGGCUGCUUUUCUCAAAUUGACCAAGGAAUUUCUAAUGGGCCACCUAGCCUUUGGAAAGCCAAGGGAGGGAAUAACAGAUUUCAGCAGUGUAAGGCUUAGAGCUCGACGAUUUGUGGGGACUGUUAGGUGGAUCUUCAUGUUUGCUGCUCUAGUUGUGGCUGAGAAAGUGACAGCCCGGACAAGGACAAUGUCGCAGCUUGAGAUGGAGUAUGUAUUCAAAUAUAAUAUGAAGAAAAUUUGCUCGUGCUUGGCGCUGGAGCUUGGAGGUGUCGAUAACGAUGUGAUGGUGAUGGCUGUUCUAUGA